GGUCUAGAUCUCCACUGCGGCAGCCGGCACAUGGGAAUGACGUAGCGCUACUUGCGUGACGCUUUCGGCCUGGGCGAUCUAGAGGACCUUGCAGAGGUCGCACUUUUAUUCCAAGGUUGACGAGUGGUUUGUAUGAGAAUCCAUUCCUGUAAGAAUCUCAUACUGGGGGUACUACUUGGUUUCUUUGUUCGAGACCACCACAUAAUCUCCCUAUCUCAUUUCAGUACAGCAUACACCAUAUACAUCGAGAUCAAGACAUAGAAGCAAUACAGAUCCCUACCAUGUCCACCGCCGGCCCCACAUCUAGCUCCCAGCAGCCGCAGACCGACGGCGAUUCUACCUUCAAGUCGCAGCUCGACCACAAGGCGCGCGUGGCCCGUGAUCCCAACUACGGGAAGGAGGAGCCUCAGCCCACGUUUCUGGAGAAAGUGGCCGACUAUGCGCCUGCCGUCGGCAAGAUCCUGGGAGUAGAAAAGAAGGGCGACAAGCAGACCGAGCCGGAGACACCAGAGGUCGCUCCCGGUGUCCCGCCCGUGCGGCCACAUCAUGAUGGGCACAUUGAGGAGUUUAUCAAGGAUCAGCACAGGAGCAAGAAGGGCGAGAAUGGGGAGCUCAUCAUCUGAGUCUGCUUGGCGGGCAUUGGUUGGGGCGUUACAAAGGGGCAAUUCCGUGUACUAAAUCAGGCAAGGCUUUAUUCUGAGACGGCGUAUGGUACAAAUUGACUACAGAUUUACGAUAUGU